AUGCUUCUCUUUCUUCAUUUUUUUGCAGGCAUCAUGAUAUUUAAGAUGAUACAGUACCUAUUCCUGGCUUUUAUGGUGACAUAUUCAGUGGCUCUCACGGUCCAACAGACAUACAUAGUACACAUGGACAAGACAAAAAUUAGAGCCUCAAUUCACUCUCAAGACAGCACAAAACCAUGGUAUGAAUCAGUUUUUGAUUUCAUUUCUGAAGCUUCAACAGAAGAAGAAGAAGAAGAAGAAGAGAUUUUAGCCCCUCAGCUCCUUUAUGUCUAUGAAACCAGCAUGUUUGGUUUUGCUGCCCAGCUUUCAGAUAAACAACUUCAAUACUUGAACCAAGUGGAUGGUUUCCUUUCAGCCAUGCCUGAUGAACUAAUAACCCUUCACACAACAUACACCCCACAUUUUCUUGGCCUAAGGAAUGGAAGAGGACUUUGGGGUGCUCCUAACUUGGCCUCAGAUGUGAUCAUUGGGGUACUUGAUUCAGGGAUAUGGCCUGAACACAUCAGUUUCCAAGACUCAGGUUUGUCCCCAGUACCCCAUCACUGGAAAGGUGUUUGUGAACAAGGCACCAAGUUCUCAGCCUCAAAUUGUAACAAGAAGCUUAUUGGUGCAAGAGCCUAUUUCAAGGGGUAUGAAAAAUCUGCUGGAAAAAUCAAUGAAACAACGGAUUAUCUUUCCCCUAGAGAUUCUCAAGGGCAUGGAACACACACUGCCUCAACUGCAUCUGGUGAUAUGGUAAAAAAUGCCAGCUUUUUUGGCCUGGCUAGAGGCUCUGCAAGUGGAAUGAGGUAUACCUCAAGAAUUGCAGCUUAUAAAGUAUGCUGGCAUUCUGGUUGUGCUAAUUCUGACAUAUUAGCAGCCAUGGACCAAGCAGUUUCUGAUGGGGUUGAUGUAUUGUCACUCUCUUUAGGGAGCAUUCCCAAACCUUAUUAUGGUGAUAGUAUUGCCAUAGCCUCAUUUGGAGCAAUCCAAAAUGGGGUUUUUGUUUCUUGCUCUGCAGGUAAUUCAGGCCCCUUUGAAUCAACAGUUGGAAAUGGUGCACCAUGGAUCAUGACAGUUGCUGCUAGCUACAAUGACAGAAGCUUUCCAACAAAAGUAAAGCUUGGGAAUGCAAAAACUUUUAAAGGGUCAUCUUUAUAUCAAGGCAAGCAAACAAAUCAAUUGCCUCUUGUAUAUGGCAAAUCAGCAGGUACAAAAACAGAAGCACAGUAUUGCACCAAAGGCUCACUUGUUUCAAAGCUUGUGCAUGGGAAAAUAGUGGUUUGUGAAAGAGGAAUAAAUGGUAGAACUGAAAAGGGAGAGGUAGUUAAAAUGGCAGGUGGGGCAGGAAUGAUACUACUUAACUCUGAAAGUCAAGGAGAAGAGCUUUUUGCUGACCCUCACAUUUUGCCUGCAACUUCCUUAGGGUCUUCAGCUGGUAAGGUUAUUAGGAGCUACAUUAACUCAGUAAAAAGACCAACAGCUUCAGUUUCCUUUUUAGGGACAAGUUAUGGUGAUCCUGCACCAGUAAUGGCAGCAUUUUCUUCUAGAGGACCAAGUGCAGUAGGACCAGAUGUGAUUAAACCAGAUGUGACUGCACCUGGUGUGAACAUCUUGGCUGCUUGGCCUCCCAAAACUAGCCCAAGCUCGCUCAUAAGUGACAAAAGAAUUUCACUGUUUAACAUAGUCUCAGGUACCUCAAUGUCUUGCCCUCAUGUUAGUGGCAUAGCAGCACUGCUUAAAUCAGUGCACAAAGAUUGGUCUCCUGCAGCUAUCAAAUCUGCUAUGAUGACCACUUCUUACACAUUGAACAAUAAAGGAGUUCCAAUUUCAGACAUUGGUUCAAAUAACUCAGCCUUUGCUAACCCCUUUGCAUUUGGUUCAGGCCAUGUUAACCCUGAAAGUGCUUCUGAUCCUGGGUUAGUCUAUGAUAUAAGCACCAUAGACUAUUUGAAUUACUUAUGCAGCCUAAACUAUACUUCUUCCCAGAUUUCUUUAUUAUCAAAAGGUAACUUUGUAUGUCCUAAAAAAACUCUUCUUCAAGCUGGUGACUUGAACUACCCUUCAUUUUCUGUUCUAUUUAGCACAAGUGCUCUACAUGCUAGUGUGACAUACACAAGGGUUGUCACAAAUGUUGGAAAAUCACAAAGUGCUUAUGAAGUUAAAGUGGAACAACCAAAUGGAGUUUCAGUAACUGUUGAACCAAGGAAAUUGAAGUUUGAAAAACUGGGUCAGAAAUUGAGCUACAAUGUGACAUUUUCUGCACUUGGAAGAGCAAGAGCUGUGGGUAUCUCAACAUUUGGGUCACUGAUUUGGGUAUCUGACAAAUAUAAGGUUAGAAGUCCUAUAGCAGUAACAUGGCAAUAA